UCCGCUAUUAGCUAAUAAAAUAAUUCAUGAAAAAGAAUUCGAGAAAAAAGUAAAUUUUAGAUUAGCAAGAAGAGAAUCCAAGAAAGAAAACAAAAUUAGAAAUUCUUGAUGCUGAUUAACACAUUUCAAAAUAUAAUAAUAACUUAGAUCAUUUAAUAGAUAUUUUCACAAGGUAUGAAAGAGAAGAUGACUUUACUUAAAAUCUAAUGACCAACUCUAAAUUAUCAAAAAUAUAAAAAAUUCAUGAUUUGAGUUUGGAUAUCUUUAAAUCUGAAUAAUUCUCAUUAGGACCAAAAGUUGAGAAUGGUGAUUUUUUACUAGGAGACAAAGUACUAAAAAUUGAAUCAGUUAAGAAAUCUUAUCAGAAUGGUAAAUUAAUAGCUACUGUAAAAUGGAGAGCAAGGUAAUAUUAUUUAUUUAUUCAGAUCUAAUGGUACAAUUCCAAAAUCUAGAGAAUAUUUUACAACUGAAGUUGCUAAAUAUGCUCCUAAAGAACUAAUUAAAUAUUAUAAAAGUAGAAUGGUGACAACAUCUAUUAUCGAAUAAUAACAAGAUUGUUGA